AUGGAAGCCCAGAGCUUCGUGAGUACCAGGCAAGCGCUCUACCAACUUAACUACAUCCCUGAUGUGGUCCCGUGUCUCUCCAGGUACACAGCGGAUCUUCUGGAGCUCCUGCAAACCAAUUACAGCAUCUCCUCUGCCUGCUUCUCUUACCCUCCCACUGCAGCCCAGCUCCUGAGAGAACUGGGUGCGUUGGAAAUCACCCUCACCAUCAUCUUGACCUUUCUUACCAUGGGCUCAGUUGCCAUCUUCGUAGAGGAUGCUGUUUAUCUGUACAAGAACACCCUUUGCCCCAUCAAGAAGAGGACCCUGAUCUGGAGCAGCUCUGCACCUACGGUCGUGUCUGUGUUCUGCUGCUUUGGUCUCUGGAUCCCUCGAGCCCUCACACUCGUGGAAAUGGCCAUAACGUCGUUUUACGCCAUAGUCUUUUAUCUGCUGAUGCUGGUCAUGGUGGAAGGCUUUGGUGGGAAGGAUGCAGUUCUGAGGACACUGAAGGACACCCCAAUGAGGGUACACACGGGUCCCUGCUGCUGCUGCUGCCCCUGCUGCCCACCCCUCAUACUUACCAGGAAGAAGCUUCAGCUGCUGAUGGUGGGCGCUUUUCAGUAUGCCUUUUUCAAGAUCAUGCUGAACCUAGUGGGGCUGUUUCUCAUCCCUGACGGCAUCUUUGACCCAUCAGACAUUUCUGAGAAGAGCACGGCUCUGUGGAUCAACACUUUCCUGGGCGUGUCCACACUGUUCGCUCUCUGGUCGCUGGCCAUCCUUUUCCGUCAAGCCAAGAUGCACCUGGGUGAACAGAACAUGGGAUCCAAGUUUGCUCUGUUCCAGGUUCUUGUCAUCCUGACUGCCCUGCAGCCCUCCAUUUUCUCCAUCUUGGCUAAUGGCGGGCAGAUUGCUUGCUCACCUCCCUUCUCUUCUAAAACCAGGUCCCAAGUGAUGAACUGCCACAUGCUCAUAGUGGAGACCUUCCUGAUGACGGUGCUGACGCGGAUGUACUAUCGGAGGAAAGACGACAAGGUUGGGUACGAGACUUGUUCGGCACCAGACCUGGACUUGAAACUCAAAGCCUGAGGCGAGUGGCCUGGACUAUGGAAAAGAUACCGUCCUGCUCGGAAGAGCAUGAGAUUCCUCCUGUCCCUCGGCCUUAACCGGCGGUUAAGGCUCCCACUGGCGGCGGCGCAGGCUGGCAGCUUCCAUAUGACUAUAGGGAUGGAGGUAAAGUGCAGUAUGCGGAACCCCUCUGGGUUUUGCUCAGGGAAGGCGUUUGAAGUUUUGUAAUGAACAGGGUGAAGGCUGAGACUCUGCACGAGGCACACUCCUUCUGUGGGUGCCACUAUUGGUCACCCUGAGCUUUUGCACAGCAGAAUAAAAGGAA